AAUUUAUAAUGUUUUAUCUAAUAGCUACCAAAAUUACUAGUUAAAAAUGACUACAGUUACUUGUAAAAGUGUUCAAAUAUAAAUUAAAUUUAAAUAUUAAUUAAUGUAUAAAUAUAAAGUUAUAUAAAGUUUCAAACAUAUACUUUUUAUUUAUAUAAAUUUGUUUAUACUAAGUUAGAUUAGAGAACAUUAUUAAAACAUAUGCUUUUAGGUAUUUUUUAAACGGUACUUUUUAACGCUGGAUAAUUAUAAUAUUAUAAACUAUGAAAAAUAUUGCAUAUUAGUUUACAGCAGAUAAUUCUACCUGGUUUAUGACGAUUCAUGCUUAGUGGUACUAUUUUCGCUAAGCUAUAGAUAUUUUGUAAGAUUUUUUUUAUUAAUUCGCAAAAUUCCACAUUUUAAACAGCGCUUAAUUAACGUUGGAAAACAACAGCUGUAGAUUAAUACGCAAAGUUUUAUAGUCCUGAGCUCCUAAAAGAAAUUAAAUAUACAGUUCGGAAAUUAAAUUGUUUCUGGUGAUAAAAUUAUUUCUUGGCCAUCGAAUCACUCUUCAAAUAUUUCUUUUCAAACUAAAAAAAUUGCCUCCAACUCAGCAUAUGUGAUCUAUAUAAUCAUCUAACUGGUCUCUACUACUCCAUCAGUUUAUUAAAGAAGAGAUAGAUAAGAGCAGCAAGUUAGCGAGUUACGGAGAUAAUAGAGACUAAGAGUGGGAGACUGGGAUAAGACACGUUUGAUUACUAAUCAUGGGUUUUAUCGAUGGUAAAUCGGCACCGGUGAUAAUGAUUAUCGUGAUUAACAUGAUUAAUGGGUUGGUUAACGCUUUGACUAAGAAAGUUCUUGAUGGAGGCAUUAAUCGUAUGAUUAUUGCUACCUAUCGUUUGGGUAUUUCUACAUUUUUUCUUCUUCCGAUCGCUUAUUUUUGGGAACGGAAUACAAGGCCGAAGCUAACAACAAGCGUCUCGUUUCAGCUUUUCGUCAGUGGCCUUUUUGGGGCGAGUUUGAUGCAAUAUUUCUACUUGCUUGGCCUCAGCUACACUUCUGCCACCUUGGGAUCUGCUUUCUGGGGCACAUUGCCUGCUAUAACUUUCAUUCUGGCAUUAAUAUUUAGAUUCGAAAAGCUAAGUGUGAAAACAAAGGCAGGGUACGGCGUCGUACUUGGAGCUAUGAUAAGCUUAGCUGGAGCUUUAAUUCUUACGUUGUACCAAGGCAUUCCAUUAUCGAACUCUCAGGAACACGCAACGAUUUCACACAUCCAAAAAGGACAUGAGAACUGGAUCAAAGGCAGUUUUCUUUUAUCCUUAGGAGUUAAAUUGUUCAGUUCAUGGAUGCUUAUACAAGCCAAGGUCAACGUGAGCUACCCGUGUCCAUACUCAGGUACGGUCAUUUUAUCGGUCUUUGGGACGCUUCAGUGGUGUGGGUGCACAAGGGAUGUGUACGGUGGGAAUAUCAUGGUGCAUCAAACAACGUGGACCUAUCUUUACAUCAGCAUUCAGUCCUGUCACACUUAUGUUCGCAACCGUGUUCGAUUUCUUGAUACUUCAUCGUAUUAUUUAUUUGGGAAGGUAAAAUAAAACUUUGUUUUUAGUUCAAAAAAAAUUGUGCAAAUCCCCUGAACAUUAUUUCUAAAGUGUUUUAAUU